AUUGGGAAAGAGUCCGAGAGCCAUUCUCUAUCCCUUCCUCUACUACUCGAUUUUUCCUAUUCCUGCAUCACUUUAUGGCACAUCGAUCGGCACCGUUUAUCAGUAACAAAUUUCCCCCAGCUCAAUCAUCUGCUCCAAAUCCUUCUCGAAUGUUCUGCGUCUCGUACGCCUCAACUCAACAGUCGGCAAAUACACCGACGAUCCAUGAACAACAGGAGGAAAUCUACUCUUCUCUGAAAAAAGUGCGAACUACUGAUGAUCUAACUUCAAGUCAAUUGUCUAUUGAUAAACAUGUCACUAUGAUUCCGUUGGGAAGCCCACACGAACUUCACCGAGAAAUAACUGCAAGCGGGACAUUGAUCAGAGUUUCCUCGGGGUUACCACAGAAAAUGGAUAUGGGUGCCAAUGAAAAAAUGAAGGAGUUAGUGCCAAAGAUGCGACCAGAAGCUACUCUCCAAUCCUUCCAACCUGUACGCCAAGAAGCACCGCAGAAAAAAGUUGAAAUUCAAGAACCAAAGAAAGAAUUCGAGAGUUGGUCGGGUCGAGCGAUGGAGGGACGAGUAUCUGGUGGUCAAGUUCGUGGCACAAACAACAUGCGUGGGUACUGGGAACGAAACAUUCAAAUUGAGCAACGACAAAGAGCAGAAGAUGAGAGACGCCAGAGACCGAAGAGUUAUGGUUUUCCGAAAUGGAGAUCUACAGAUGCGUUGUCUGCGUCAUUGGUUGCUUCGAAUAGCAUUCAGAUUCCGGUAGACAGUCGAAUCCCUGUAGAACGUUUGCGCAAAAUGGAGGAAACCGAGCGAGAAGCCAUCGAAGUGAAGAAAGAGAUUCACGAAGAAGCUGAAAUGACAGCGGGAGUUAGUAAUACAAGAAAACUAUCCAAAGGAAAAAGCCUAGACUCUCUAAGUAUGCAAGUUGAUUAUCAACCAUGGUAUGACACGGAAAAGAUCAAGUCGGCAGUAUCUCGAGAAUCCAUUGCCAAUAUCGCAACGUCACGUGAAUUCUUCGAAACAGCUUCUACGAGAGAUUGGAGAUCAGGUGCGAAUAGUCGCCGAGAUUCGAUGUGCUCUCUGAGCAUUGCUCCACCACUCCCACCAAAAUCUGAUGCGAUGCAAUUGAGACAGGCUACGGUGAAUCAUGCAUCAAGGCCACCUACCAACUAUCAUCAAAACGGUGGAUACGGUCAGCAGUACGAACCGAAUUUGUCAUCAGUUCCGAUUUCAAGUGGUGCACAGAAUAUUAAUAUGCUCACUAUUUCCAGUGGAUAUGAUGAUGGAAGACAAAUGGUUCAGAAGCAGCAACAACCACAGACAUCAAUUAAUAGGCUUGUUCAGCAAGACUCUCCUCAAACGGCUGACCCAAUUGAGCAACAAGAGGUUCUCCUAAUGCUUUAUCUGAAACAGAAUUUGGAUAUUGUUCGAGGUCUCGGAAUCCACAUCCCACAUGAUCUUCUCGCAGAAAUGGACGAUCUUCAGAUAUUGCCAGUCGAGUUGAGAAUUUGUGAUGAGGAACCACAAAGAGGUCAAAUGUUUAGCCCAGUCAACAAAAAUGGAAGAUAUCAGCGAAAACCUCAACCGAAUAUGGCUCCAAAUCGGCAGGUGAUGGGACAAAUGAUGGGACAGAAGUAUGGAAGUCGAAAGGAUAUUCCAAUUUCAACACGAAGCCGCCAGAAUAGUGAAAUGAGUAAUUCAAAUGUGGAUCUAUCCUAUCAUCAUCAUCAGCCACAUUCACAUAUGACUACAAAUUCCUCCUACGGAUAUCAUUAAUUCAACUUCAACUUUCUACAUAUUUAUAGAAAUUUUUAAUAUUUUUGGGAAUAAAAUAAAACUUUUU